GCAGGAGGAGGAGGACCAGUUGUUGCUCUGCGCGUUUUAGUUCAGCUGGAAAUGAUGCUUCUUGCUUUGCUUGUCUCUGCGUAGCUGGAACCGGUUUCCAGGAGGAUCUUUCCCAGUUUGCAGGAGCGGGGAGGACUGAAGGCUGGAGAUGUCCCUCUGGGUGCUCACAUGGACAGCUUGUCUCCUCGGCGUGUUGACCAGGAGCGCUGCUUCACCUGGCGAGGAUUUCGGAGGCGAGUCUGGAUCCGGGAUGCUUCCACCAGAAGAGGUGGAUAUUCUGCAGGAGCUUUCUCUUCAGGUGUCCGAGCGCAGUAACUCCUCCAUGACUGUCGAAGGUGGAAGGUGUCCGGUGAUCAGAGUUGGACAGUACUCCACCUUAACUCUGCCCCUGGAGCAGAUCUUCAGUGACAGAUUUGCAGACAUGUUCAGUCUACUGGUGCAGCUUCGCAGUCUUCAGAGGGAAGAGCACAGCGUCUUCACCAUGCUCAGCCCCGACAGCCACAUCAUGCUGCAGAUCCGGAUCAGCGCCCACGCCAUUAUUUUCAUCGGCACGCAGCAGCGCCAUUACGAGUUCCCAGUUAGCGGCCUGUGUGAUGGGGAGUGGCAUCAUGUGGCUUUCAGUGUCUCCACCACUCACCUGGGCCUGUAUGUGGACUGCUCGCUGCUGGAGAGCGUAGAGUGGGUGAAUCAUGGCCUGGAGAUUGGCACUGAUGGGCUCCUCAUGGUCGGAGGCAUCCUUGAGGGCUUCGAAACUCCAUUUGAGGGGGAACUUCGACAGCUGGCCUUCCUGUUAGACGACCCUGAUGCCGCCCAGAACCACUGCGGUCACCAUCCGCCCCGCUGCCGCAGCUCGGCUCCUAAGCCCCCUCGCUCUCCACGCGCCGACGGCGCCAUGGAGACUCCGUCUCAACAACAUGAAGGGUCACGUGGGGAUGGUACGAUACCUUCCAGGCCAAAUCGAAAAGGCUUAGUGGGACGGGGAGAUGUGUUCGUGGUUGACGAGGACACGGAUUUGUUGGAUCCCAUCUUUCAAAGCGGAGGAGUGGUGAACCCCCAGUGGAAGCCUUCUAGAAAUGGACUGAAGGGAGCCCAAAAGGGAAAACCAGACGUGUCGUCCAAAAAAGUGGAGGAGAACAUUACAACAGAGAAAAAGACAGAGCCUUGGACUUCAGCAGUUUUUCCUCUAAAGCCUUCAGACAAUAUAAUUGACUUGGAUGUUGGAGGUUCGCAGAGGAAGCCCUCAUUGGGACUUCCUCUGACUCCCAAGGUUCCUUCGUAUGCGGGAGCUUCGACCGAAUCAAAUGAACUAAUAGAGGAGUCGGCAGAAGAGAGCAGCACUGCUUCACCUGCAGCUAGCCAGAACCCUGCCACCGUCCAGACCACCAAAGACCUGCUGCAUAGAGGCAAGCAUGAAGGUAAAGGCGCAGCUCCAAACAGAGAAAGCCCUCAGAUAGAAACGACUGUGUCCAGAGAUGGAGACCUCGUCCUGGGCUCUGAUGGUCAAACCUACAGGCUCCAGAGGGGACCUCCUGGCAGGAUGGGACCCCCAGGACCAGAUGGAUGCCCUGGCGAUCCUGGUCCUCCUGGGCUUAAAGGUGAUAAGGGUGGAAAGGGUCUUAGAGGAAGACCGGGUAAAACGGGCGAGCCAGGACCCCCAGGACCUCCAGGUCUGCCGACAUUUUAUCUGUGGAGGAACACGGCUGAGGAAUGGGCUGCUUUUAAGCAAACCAAUUUCUACCAGUUGCUGUCAGCUGGGUGGCCUACUAAAGAAGGACCUGCAGGACCACCUGGAGAGAUGGGGAAACCUGGCGCUCAGGGGCCACCUGGUGAAGCUGGGGAGGAAGGACCACCAGGGAUGCCAGGGGAAAUGGGGGAUCCGGGCCCCAGGGGGCCUCCAGGACGACCCGGGACACCUGGGAGAGACGGAGAAGAUGGAGCAGAUGGUCAGCCCGGGACACCUGGACCUCCUGGAUCACAUGGGCCGUGGGGGUACAGAGGAGAACGAGGACCCAAAGGAGAGAAAGGCGAUGAGGGUCUUGUUGGUGACCGAGGCCCAAGGGGGGAAACUGGUGAACCCGGAGAGAAGGGUUCAGCCGGCUCACCCGGUCCUCCUGGUCCAGUUGGGCCACCAGGACACCCGGGGAUCCGAGGUGGGGAGGGACCAGAAGGCCCCGCUGGGCCUGAUGGGGAGAGCGGACUGGAUGGCCCCCCGGGCCCCCCAGGGCCACCAGGUGCGCCAGGGUUGACUGGACGAGUUGGUGCUCAAGGAGUUAAUGGCUCAAGGGGAGAAAUGGGACUGGCUGGUGGCGUUGGCCUCCAAGGUCCUCAGGGGCCUCCAGGUCUUGAGGGACAGAUUGGACCUCCAGGGCAUAGAGGACCACAAGGUCAUCCAGGACUGAUGGGCGCUGCCGGGCCUAAAGGAGAUCCUGGGCCUGUGGGGCCAAUGGGCCCCCGGGGGGAUCCUGGCUUUGAGGGUCCCAUGGGUUUGCCGGGGAAACAAGGUCAUGUUGGUUUUCCAGGAGUCAUGGGUAACAGAGGACCUGAUGGAGACAAGGGAAAUACAGGAUCUAAAGGCGACAAAGGAGUUCAAGGGGCCACAGGCAUUAGGGGACCUCAGGGAGAGAGGGGACCCAUUGGUUUACCAGGCUUCCCAGGGGUCAGUGGCCCACCUGGCCCUAAAGGGGCUGAGGGGAUGGACGGCGAGACCGGCCUGCAGGGGAAGAAGGGCAGCCCGGGGAUAAAGGGGAACAGAGGACAAGAUGGACGACCUGGCAAACCUGGACCGAGAGGGAACAAGGGUUUAACUGGACUGAGAGGACUCCCUGGCCAGCCAGGCACAUCAGGUUUUUCUGGGCUACCGGGACCACAGGGAGCAGAAGGAAAGCCUGGUACACAGGGUUCCCAGGGUGCAGACGGCAGUGCUGGCUUUAGGGGUCCAAGGGGUUUUCCAGGCAUUGCAGGGGAUAGAGGACCAGAUGGGCCACCAGGUUCACCGGGACCGCCAGGGAAGACUGGACCCCCGGGCUCUCCAGGUCCACCAGGAGUAAAAGGUUUUACAGGGAAACCAGGCAUGGAAGGACCUCAGGGCCCAGUAGGCAUGUAUGGCACAGCGGGGAAUGUUGGCAUGCGAGGGCCUCCAGGUUCAAUAGGAGAAAGGGGUGAGCCAGGUGUAAGAGGCUUACCUGGCCCUCAUGGAAAGCCAGGUCCUAAAGGUCUGCCAGGUUCUUCUGGAGACAAGGGACCUCGGGGAUCUCAGGGCCGACCUGGAGAUAAAGGACCUGAGGGGAUCCAGGGACCACCUGGCCCUCCGGGGCUUCCAGGUCCCAAUGGUGGGACUGGCAAACCUGGACCCAGAGGAAGCACUGGGCCCCCAGGGCCUCAAGGGCCGCAGGGGCCAUCCGGAAUCCCAGGUCCACAGGGUGCUGAUGGGUCUAUGGGAGCAGCAGGGGAAAAAGGACACAAGGGUUUCUCCGGACUGCAAGGUGAUCCAGGCCCCCAAGGACUAAGCGGACCACAGGGUUUGCCUGGUCAAAGAGGAACCGAAGGUCCACCUGGAAGGAAAGGAGAUCAGGGGGAUCUGGGCGCUUGUGGGACUCCUGCAGCUCAAGGCCCCAAAGGGGAGAGAGGACCUGAAGGAGCAAAAGGCCCCCAGGGGCCCCCAGGACCAGAGGGUAAAGAGGGGGAAGUCGGACAUCCUGGUGAACCGGGGGAUCCUGGACCUGAAGGACCGAAGGGUGAGAUUGGACCUCGUGGCUUAACAGGUCAGGAGGGCCCCUGGGGAGCCACUGGAGAAAAGGGUCUGCAGGGCCCAAAGGGAGAAAAGGGCAACAAUGGUCUAAUGGGUGAACCUGGAUUGGGGGGAGAUCUGGGUCCUGGGGGUCUGCCGGGGCUCCAGGGAAUCGCGGGUCCUCCGGGACCUCCAGGACCAGAUGGACCGCUGGGAGAGAAGGGGGAGCCUGGGCCAGCAGGAAUAACUGGAGCACCAGGAUCACAAGGUCCUCAGGGACCAGUCGGACCCAGAGGGGUCAGAGGAGACGCAGGCGGUUUUGGACAAACUGGUCAAAUGGGACAAGCAGGACCAAAGGGUGAUGAAGGGAUCAAAGGAGAAGCUGGAACAUUAGGGCUGAAAGGUGAACCAGGAGUACCAGGCCCACCAGGAGAACAGGGUGAAGAUGGUCCUCCAGGCGUCCAUGGUCCCUCAGGUCUACCAGGGUUGGAGGGGCCUUCAGGAGAGAUGGGGACCCAGGGUCCUCCUGGUCCUGCCGGUGCUCCUGGGACAUACGGAAGACCCGGAGCUGAAGGAAAGCAGGGCAGGAAAGGGGAGAAGGGAGAUGAUGGUGAAGUUGGACCUCCAGGGAAAACGGGUCCCAUCGGACGGAGGGGGAAACGGGGAAAGGCUGGAGUCAGAGGGACCAGGGGAGAUCGAGGACCAAAGGGCGAAAAGGGAGAUGAGGGGACAACCGGCCUACCUGGAUGGCCAGGAAUCAUUGGGCUUCCCGGACUGCGUGGCGAGCCAGGGGAUCAGGGCGAAAAGGGAGAAGAGGGUGAGAAAGGAGACAUGGGACUUCCUGGACCAGCCGGACCUGAGGGCAAAAAGGGUUUUCGGGGUCCAGUCGGGUUGCCUGGUCCAUCGGGCCAAAAAGGAGAACAGGGAAACAUUGGUCCACCGGGGCCAAGAGGUGCUCUGGGGAUGCCAGGAUUACCUGGUUUGUUUGGAUUAAAGGGUUUGAAAGGCUACCAAGGUCCUCCUGGACUGCCUGGAAGGAGAGGGCUCCCAGGUCCACCUGGUGUUCCCGGCCCCCCAGGAAAGUCGCUGAACAUGACUUUGGCUCAACUCAAGGGCCUCGUGUACAUGUCCGACAAGCCUAACUUCUCGCUGAUCCAGACGCUGCUGGACUCUCUGCAGCUGGAGCUUCGGCUGCUGUUGGAUCCUCCUGAUGGAAGCAAGGAGCAUCCGGCCUCCACCUGUCUGGAGCUCUGGCUUUGUCACCCUGAAUACAGAAGUGGAAUGUAUUACAUCGACCCCAACCAGGGGAGCUCAGCCGACGCGCUGCUGGCCUACUGCAUCUUCACCUCCUCAUCAAAACAGACCUGCCUUCACCCUGAGCACUCUCAGCUGCCGAUGAAGGCUUGGAUGGAGGAAUCUGCAGAAGAUGGAUCGUUUCAGUGGCUUAGCAGGCUGGAUCAGGGUCAUCAGUUUUCUUACCCAGGUGCCAGUGUGGUUCAGAUGCGUUUCCUAAGGUUGCACAGCGUCACUGCUGUGCAGAAGGUGACCUACUCCUGUCAUCCAGGACAUCGUCUGGGGCAGGAAGAAAGAGACGUGAAGUUCCUCACAGAUACAAGGAAGCAGAGCUACCUCGGAGGACUGAACGACUGUGUGCCUGGAGAGGAGAGCAUUUCUGGUUCCCGAGAGUCCGUGUUUGAGUUCGAGGACCUCCAGCUGCUUCCUCUGAGAGACGUGGCGGUGAUGGGAGGCGGAAACUUCACGCACCACUUUAGCUUCACGGUCGGACCUGUGUGUUUCAGCUAGAGGCGGCGGAGGCCCGUGCUCGUCCAGACCACCUUUAAAUCCAACAGGAGCGUCUCUGCUUAAAAUCGUGGACACAGAGAGGACUUUUGGAAGAUCUUUUCUGAACAUUUCACUUAUUUCGCUCUGGUUUUGGGGGAUUGGAUCUGUCAGUUUUAGGGAUAAAUCUGGCAGGUGUUGUUUUUAACGGAAAAGUCAUGUUUGUUUACAGAGACACUUAUCUGGUAUGGAAUAAGUUAAAUAUGUAUGUUUUUAUUGUUGAUAUGCAACCUUUUUUUACAGUUUGAAUUGUAC